AUGUUAUAGUUUUUAUCAACUCCAAUUGAUAAUAUCUCUUAUCAAGUUUGGUUGAAUAAACCAAUAAGAGCUGCUUUUGAUGAUAAUAAUUCAAUAGCUCAAUUUUAUUUGCUUUUUCCAACUUUAUGGUUAGAAAAUAAAAUUAACAGAAAUGCUUUUUCAUCCAAAUUGGAGUAUAUCAAAAAGUGUUUACUUCAUAUAGCAUUUUAUCCUUUGACAGUCAUAUUUAUCAAUGCAUUAGCAAAGAAUUUAUUUAUAACUGAUAGUUUCAAAGAUAUUUAUUAAUCCAGAGGAUUUUUUGGGUUUUUUUCAGGUCUUCAUUAUUAGUUGAUAAUGUAGUUUUUAUCAAUUAUCUAAAAUUAUUUAUUUGUAGAGAAUAAUAAUAUAGGAUAUUUAAGAAUUCAAUUUUGGAUGGUAUUUUAACUGAUUAAUGUUCCAGUUCAAAUAUUAUUUUAGUCUUUAAGACUUAAGUCUAUAACUGGAGUUUAAAAUUUAUUCAAUAUAGGAACUGGAUGGUUCUUUGGUUUGGUGAGUUAAUUUAUUAAAUAGUUUAAAUCCUUAAAGUAAGAAUUGGAUUUAACUAAUGAUCCAAGAGCAAGAAAGUUUAUAGGAGGAUGA